AUGUGGUCUUACAAAGGCAAGGAGCGUCGUCAAAAUUUGAGAAAUUCCUGCGGACUAUACGAUAAGCCCGGUGUAGCAGUCAACCAGAUGGGAAUCAAGAACAAUCUCAACAUGUUCCUGGAGUCACGGUUCUGGAGAUGUAUCACGGCGUACAUGCAUUUAUCAAUGAUCUUCACGCAGAACGCUACAGCCCUCCCCUUGCGCAUCGAAGCCAAAAACCCCAGCACCGACUCAUGA